UCAGAUAAUGAGAAGAUGACACAAUACGCUUCUGUAUCAUUUACAGUGAGUGAUUGAGUUACAUAAAUGCCAUAUUGUGAUACAAAAUAGAAACUGUCGCACAUUUUUGUUUUAUUCGUUUUUUUCUCUUUAUUACAUGUAUUUUACUUGAAUUACUUUACAGAAUGAGAGGAAUAAAGAGUUGGAAGGGACGUUGGAGGACUUCUAGCCCAACCCCCUGCUCAAGCAGGAGAAUUUAUAUUAUUCCGGGCAAAUGGCUGUCCAGUCUCUUUUUAAAAUCUCAAGUGAUGGAGCAUCUAUAACUUCUAGAAGCAAGUUGUUCCACUGUUGUUUCACUGUCAGGAAAUUUAUCCUUAAUUCUAGGUUGAAUCUCACUUCGAUUAGCUUCCAUCAGCUACUUCUUGUUCUGCCCUUCAGGGGCUUUAGAGAAGAGGUUGGCUUCCCCUCUCUGCAAUAGCCCCUCAAAUAUUUGAAGACUGCUAUCAUAUCACCCCUUGUCCUUUUUUUCAUUAGACUAGACAUACCAAUUCCUGCAACUGUUCAUCGUAUGCUGUGGUCUUCAGUCCCCUAUUAAUCUUUGUUGCUGUUCUCUGCACUCUUUCUAGAGUCUCAACAUCUUUUUUGUAUCAUGGUGACCAAAAUUGGACAUAGUAUUCCAAGUGUGGUCUUAUCAGUGCGGUAUAAAUCAGUAUUAAGACUUCACAUGAUCUUGAUUCGAUCCCUUCGUUGAUGCAGCCUAGGCCUGAAUUAACUGUUUUGGCAGCUGCCGCACAUUGCUGGCUCAGAAUGAAGUAAUUUUCCACUAAGACAUGUAGAUCCCUCUCACAAUUACUGUUGUUGAGCCAGGUGCCACCUACUCUAUGCUUGUGCAUUUGGUUUUUCUUGGCUAAAUGUAAAAUCUUAUUUUUCUCAUCGCUGAGUUGCAUUUUGUUGGAUAAGGCCGGGAUUAAUGUCUGUCAAGAUCCUUCUGAAUCUUCUAAACUGUUGGGUACUCCCCCCAGCUUGGCAUCAUCUAUAAAUGUGAGGGUUCCCUUUCUCCUCGAUUGCCGGGCCAGCAGUCACAUUGGGGAGUGACUCAUGCCUGAUGACGACUGAGUCUGCCAGAUGAGAAUCUCCUCCUCUUCCUUCUGCUUCCCAUCUUUCAGACUCAGUCGUUGACUGCUAGAUGUUUUUGGCUGAGCUGCUCAGGGUUUUUUUCCUUUUUGCUUUUAAAUUGUUUUUUCUUAGGUUUCAAACCUUUUGAGGCUUCCCCAAUCAGACCUAUCAGGUUGCCUCAUUCUAGCACGAAGAGCUCUCGCCCGAAACCGCUGAAGCCGCUUCAGGCGGGGAGGCGGAACCCUCAAUACAGGCUGCAGGCUCUGCCUUUUACCAGCGUGAACAGCUCACGCCAGAGACUGCUGGGAUCGCUUUAUCAGCGGUUGCUCUGCCGGCCGGUAGAGUGAAGAGCGGCUUUUCGGGCUUUUCGCUACAUGCCCGAAAGCCGCGGGGGCGUCUGGAGACUUCCGAUGCCCAGCUGAUUGCCGGCGCCGGCUUUUGCUGUGCCUGGGUGCAAUUUGCCCUCGGCUCCCUUCCACAAGGAGCCUCGUGGGCUGCCGGCUGCAUUCCUCAUCGGAGGAACAGACUGGAACGCCGGAUUUGGGCCGCUCCUGGGAGCUUUCUCACCCUCGGCUUCGCUUCAAGCCUCAUGGGUGAUUGGCGGUUUCCUUCGGCUGAGAGAAGGUUUUGGAAGGCUGCGUGGCUAAGAAAUAGCCUUGGCACCUGGAGGGUCAGAAGGACAGCGCCAGACGAGCUUCCAACCGUCCAGAUUGGAGAACCUAGCGCAACAGGACCUGAAUACAAUCCUUCGGGUCUUGAGAGCCCACGGAUUUUCCAUCAACAUGACCAAGAGCCACUUGGUACUGAUGACUCACAUCCAAGACCUGGGAGCCAUAAUAGAUGCCUCAAUCAACACAGUAUUCCUCUCUCAGGAACGUCUGGACAGUUUGCGGUCACUGGCCAGGUCAGUCACGUCAGGGAGACCUGUCUUCCUGAAGUCACUAUCGUAGCUCCUAGGGAAGAUGGUCUCUUGCAUAGGGAUUGUCCCAUGGGCACGCCUCCACUGCAGGGCCCUUUACGGCUGGGGAGCGCACCUAGAGACAGAGUUAGCCCAGGGCAGGUGGACAGCUCAGCACCUAUCUUACAACAUCAAUUGGUUAGAGCUAAGGGCCAUACAUUUCGCGUUGCGGGUGUUUCAGGACAGGGUUCAGGAUCAGGACAUUCUAAUCCAGACAGACAACAUGGCCGCCAAGGCCCAUGUCAACCGCCUCGGGGGCACCUACUUCCACCACCUGAUGCAGGAAGCGGAGAGCUUGGGCCUCUGGGCGGAGAGAAAUCUGAAAUCCAUAAGGGCCACGCACAUAUCAGGGGUGGCAAAUGUCAGGGCAGACAAGCUCAGCCGAGCCACCAUGGACCACGGGGAGUGGCGUCUUCACCCGGACCUGUUCAGGGAGAUAUCGAGUUGGUUCGGCACUCCACAGGUAGAUCUAUUUGCCACUCAGACAAACACUCAGACAAUGAGGUUCUUCAGCAGGUUUCCGUUCCCAGGGUCGGAAGGCGUGGAUGCUCUACGCACCCAGUGGCCUCCCGGCCUUUUAUACGCCUUUCCACCCCUUCCAUUGAUAGCCAGGGUAGUCAGGAAACUGAUAGAAGAGCAGACACAAAUCAUCUUGAUAGCGCCUCAUUGGCCUCAUCGGCCUUGGUUUGCAGACUUCUAUCGGUGCAGACCCCAUGGAGGAUUCCCCCUCACAGAGUAGUGCUCAUUCAGGGAUCCCUCACUCACCCAUUGGCCAGUUGGCUUCAACUAACUGCUUGGCGGUUGUCCGGUGCCUUCUGAUGGAAGCGGACGUUUCGUCGCGGGUAAUUUCCAUCAUGCAAUCAGCUCGACGGCCUUCCACGAACCGGAUUUACGACUCCACGUGGUCUACGUUCACGGCCUGGUGCACCAAAAAAGGUUUGGUUCCCACCGAGGCUCCCACCGCUCGUAUAUUGGAUUUUCUUCAAGAUGGACUGGACGCGGGACUGGCCCCAAAUACAUUACGCAGGCAAGUCGCCGCACUUUCAUCUAUUCGAUUCUGCAGGUCCAGGGGUCCUCUUUCGCAAGUUCCUCUCAUCAGGGAAUUUUUACGGGCCACUUCCAACCUUAGCCCAUCACCUGUUCACUGUUAUCCUUCAUGGGACCUCCCCAGGGUCCUCAACACCCUCACCAAGUCUCCCUUCAAGCCUUUACGGGACUAAAGUUCUUAUCCUAUAAGGUGGCCUUUUUGGUGGCUAUCACAUCGGCACGCUGGAUCUCUGAACUGGCAGCCCUCUCCAUGAGGCCGGACCUUUGCAUAUUUCACACGGAUAGGGUCAUCCUCAGGUUGGACCCCACCUUCGUACCCAAGGUCAACACACCAUUCCACAGAGCCCAGGAACUGGUUCUUCCCAAUUUCUGUCCCAAUCCAUCUCACGUCCUGGAACACAUGUGGCACAAGCUGGAUGUCCGCAGGGCCAUCCGUAUAUAUCUUAAAUGGACCUCUGCUCUCCGGAGGAUGGAGGCUCUCUUCAUUUCGUUCCAGCCGGCGACCUUGGGUCAGAAGGUAUCCUCUCCCGCUAUAGGUAGAUGGCUUCGGGCGACUAUCGCCACAGCCUAUACUUCCCAAGCCCUUCCCGUCCCUCGGCACAUCACAGCACACUCAACUCGCAGUGCUGCUACCUUGGCUGCCUGGGCCACGCAGGCCUCCUUGGAGGAAGUCUGCAGAGCGGCUACUUGGUCCUCUCCUUCCCCAUUUAUCCAUCACUAUAAACUGGACAGAUUCGCCUCGGCCGAGGCAGCAUUUGGACGGAGGGUUCUCCAAAGGGUUUUUCCGGGAUCUGCCCCGUCGGACCCAGUUCAUCCCUCCCUAUAGGGUAGCAGCUUUGGCAUGUCCCCAAUCUGACUGCUGGCCCGGCAAUCGAGGAGAAAGGGCGUUGG